AGACUCAUAGACAUUUCAUUACUAUUGAACUAAGGCAUCAUUCAAAAUGAGGGGUGUUGUAGCUAUGCUGGUGCUGAUGUUCUAUCUGUCUGGGGCCUGGGCUGAGGGAGAGAGUAAAGGAGGGAUGGAUCAGAUUGACCAGAACAUUCUAUUCACUACCAUAGAUGCUGUCUGGGAUGAGCUGUAUCACCUGAGACUCAUGCUGAACAACACAAAGAAACGAGUAGAGAAGUUGGAGAAUAAGAACACAGUCCUGGAGGCCAGAGUGACAGCCAGUGAGAGCCAGGUGGUGGAACUGAAGAAAGAGAAUGCAGCGCUGGAGGCCAGAAUGACAGCCAGUGAGAGCCAGGUGGACGAAGUGAAGAAAGAGAAUGCAGUCUUGGAGGCCAGAGUGACAGCCAGUGAGAGUCGGGUAGCGGAACUGAAGAAAGAGAAUGCAGCCCUGGAGGCCAGAUCCACAGCCAGUGAGAGCCAGCUGAAGGAUCUGAAGGGGAAGAAUGCAGACCUGGAGGCCAGACAGACAACCAGUGAGAACCAGGUGGAAGACUUGAAGAAAGAGAAUGCAGGCCAAGCAGCACUAAUGUUAUCCUUGGAAAGCCGACUAACAGCCCUUCAGAGCCAGAUGGCAGAACUGAAGAAAGAGAAUGCAGAUCAAGCAGCACAGCUGUCAGCCCUGGGGAACACAGUGACCGCCAGUGAGAGCCAGGUGGCAGAGCUGAUGGCCAAAAAUGCAGCCCUGGAGGCCAGAGUGACAGUCAGUGAGAGUCAUGUGGCAGAACUGAAGGGAAAGAACGCAGCCCUGGAGGCCAGAGUGACAGCCAGUGAGAAACAGGUGGAGGAGCUGGAGAAAGAGAAUGCAGACCAAGCAGCACAACUGUUAUCCUUGGGGAGCAGAGUGGCAACCCUUCAGAGCCAGGUGGCAGAACUGAAGAAAGAGAAUGCAGCCCUGGAGGCCAGAGUAACAGCCAGUGAGAAGCAGGUGGCAGAACUGAUGGGAAAGAAUACAGCCCUGGAGUCCAGAGUGACAGUCAGUGAGAAUCAUGUGGCAGAACUGAAGGCGAAGAACGCAGCCCUGGAGGCCAGAGUGACAGCCAGUGAGAAACAGGUGGAGGAGCUGGAGAAAGAGAAUGCAGACCAAGUAGCUGAACUGUUAUCCUUGGGGAGCAGAGUGACAACCCUUCAGAGCCAGGUGGCAGAACUGAAGAAACAGAAUGCAGCCCAAGCAGUAGAACUGUCAGACUUGAAGAACAGAGUGACAACCAGUGAGAGCCAGGUAGCUGAACUGAAGAAAGUAAAUGCAGCCCUGGACACCAGAUUGACAGCCAGCGAAAGGCAGGUGGCAGAACUGAAGAAAGCGAAUGCAGCCCUGGAGGCCAGAGUGACAGUAGGUGAGAGUCAUGUGGCAGACCUGGAGAAAAAUAAUGCAGCCUUGAGGACCAGAGUGACAGCCAAUGAGAGCAAGCUGGAUGAACUGAAGAAAGAGAAUGCAGCCCAAGCAGCAGAACUGUCAGACUUGAAGAACAGAGUGACAACCAGUGAGAGCCAGGUGGCAGAGUUGAAGAAAGAGAAUGCAGCCCUGGAGGCAAGAUUGAGUGUCGCUGAGAGCCAGGUGGAGGAACUGAGGCUAGACAGAAGACAGGUGGCCUUUUCUGUUGGUUUGACGGACUCAGGAUAUGUGGGACCCUUUCAAACUGAGAUCACUCUGGUCUAUGAAAAAAUCUUCACCAACAUCGGCAACGGUUACGACACAAACUCUGGUAUGUUUUCAGCACCAGUGAGAGGAGUCUACUACUUCACAUUCACCUCCAUGGGCCGAGAGCCUGGACAGAAAAUGGGUGUUUUCUUGGUCAAAAAUGGAGAGCAAAUGAUAUACAACGUCCAGGACAACUUCCAUGGUGGUUAUGAGUAUAUGACAGGCGCCGUGGCUCUGGAGCUAGAGAAAGAUGACCUGGUGUACUUAAGGCUUCCUAAGGGCUGGGGGCUGUACGAUGACAACUACAACCACAUUGUCUUUACUGGCAUCCUGCUCUUCACCACCAACCCUGCUAUGGGCCUACUCCACUAGUCCCUCUCCGUCCUCCUACAGUCUUCAAUAAACAUGGAAUGAGU